ACUAACAACUCGCAAGGAUUUUAAUUAAGUCACAAAAAAAAUUCAUUUAAAAUAAACUGUAUACACAAGAAUGACAAACUCGAGUGCACUUGUUGGUUGCCUUGCCAUCUUCUUCUUCACAUAUGUGGCACCUGCCUCCUCAGCCACUCAUUCUGUGGAAUGGUCGCUUGGGAAUGACUAUAGCUCCUUGGCUACCGGAAAACCCUAUGCCGUUGGCGAUACGAUCGUGUUCAACUACGGUGCGGGUCAUACGGUGGACGAAGUGAGUGAAAGUGACUACAAAAGUUGCACAUUGGGGAACUCAAUUUCUUCCGACAGUAGUGGAACCACAAGCAUAGCUCUCAAGACAUCUGGUUCUCACUACUUCAUUUGCGCUAUCCCCGGCCACUGCACUGGUGGCAUGAAGCUCUCUGUCAACGUAGGUGCAGUAGUCUCUUCCGGUGGUGGUGGGGACGGUGCCACCGCCAAAACUACACCUUCUCCGACUUUAGAAGGUGGAAAGGCUGCUCCUACUGCUUCUGCCCCUGCUGUGAUGAAGCCGUUUGAGGCUUUGGUUGUGACUUGUGUAGUUGCGUUAUUAUAUGCUUUGGCUCUUUCUUAGUUACCUUUUAAGUGUUUCGGUGUGGUUUGACUCGUUUGAAAGUCAGGCUAGAGGCAGUGCUGUUAGCCCUAUUAUUGCGUAUUGUUGUGCUUUAAUUAUUCUAUGUUAUUUUUCCUCUGUUUCGUAUUUACAUUUUCUCUCUCACGA